GUGUGUCGAGUCAGUCGUGUGUCCAAGACCGUCUCCUCUUCUGCCGUUGGAACAGUUAUCGUUCGGAGAAAGCUUGACCGCCCCCCAAAAAAACACCACACAUCAAAAAUGGCACUGCCGGAAGAGAAUCCCGUGUACUCGCCCUUCUUCGGAGUGAUGGGCGCUGCGGCUGCUAUCAUUUUCAGCGCUCUCGGUGCUGCCUAUGGAACGGCAAAGUCCGGUACCGGUAUUGCCGCCAUGUCGGUGAUGCGUCCUGAGCUGAUCAUGAAGUCCAUCAUUCCCGUUGUCAUGGCGGGUAUCAUUGCCAUCUACGGUCUGGUCGUCGCUGUCCUCAUCGCCGGUUCCCUGGAUGAGCCGCUGAAGUACCCGCUGUACAAGGGCUUCAUCCAUCUCGGUGCUGGUCUGGCCGUCGGUUUCUCGGGCUUGGCAGCUGGUUUCGCCAUCGGUAUCGUCGGUGACGCCGGUGUCCGUGGUACCGCCCAGCAGCCCCGACUGUUCGUCGGUAUGAUUCUGAUCCUCAUUUUCGCCGAAGUGUUGGGUCUGUACGGUCUGAUCGUCGCCAUCUACCUGUACACGAAAUAAGCAAGCAUCGUCGAUGCUUUCCGCCCCCCCGACGCUGGUGCCACCCGGCGGGUGUCGCUGGAUUUUGCGGCCUCUAGUAACAUCAAAAGACCGGCUAACGUAAUUAGAGAGGGAAAGAGAGAGAGUAAAACAACGUACUGCAAAGAACAGCGGAAUUAUUGCAUCAAGUCUUGGAAUGUAACCUUCAUCAACCACCGAAAAACCGGAAUAGGCAGUAAACAUUCCGGAGCACACGUCGUGUUGUAUACCAGCUGGAAAAUGGGGCUUCGCAACAUCGGAUCAACAACCCCGACGUUGAAGACGUUGCAGAUAUAAACUCAGACACUACGCGCGUGUGUGGCAGCAAUUUUGACGCACACACACACGAGAAACAACAUCAUCACACGGCGGCUAGUGCUUCUGGGCGUAAGAGAAGAGAUCUUGAACAUAACUUACAUCCUUAGGGUAAACAAAAAGGCAGAAAAACAAAACAACAACAUCGUAACAUGUGGAACAAAGCGGUGGAGGGAUUUUUGUGGGUCCCUCAGGCAGCAAGGUCCAAUAAUAUACAUCUUUGUCUCGUUAUACACCAUCACGAGUCGUCGACCACGAGUUUGUUGUUGCCCGGUUUUGUCCGUUGGUUGUCAAAAUGGGAUAAAGUUAGCAUAAUCCCCUUCCCCCCCUCCUGAAAUUCCGGAAGUUCAGCAAAAGACUAUUUGUAUUUAUGUAAAAUAACGUGUAUUUAAUUGUAAACUUAAUUUAUGUACAUGUAAAUUUUCCACACCAACACACCCCCCCGAACACACGCACCCACAAACACCCUUAAUGCACACAUACACACCCGUAGAGAGAAAAUCUAGAACUAGUAAGUGAAAACCGCAAACAAUCGCAGGACAUUCCGUUAGUAUUGAAAAGAGGAGAGCAAGGGUUUUCCUUCUCAUAUAGAUUCUAGUGGAAUGCACAGUCGUGUGGUAGUUUUUCUGCACUGGAGAACUGCGUUGGGAUAGAUAUCUUCAAUUCCCAUCAGUCUCGUUUGAAGAAAGUAUCGGUUUUUAUUGUUAGUUACUGCUUCCUAUCUCAUUGCCAGCGUGCCUCUUUGGGCACUGGUGGUUACGGUAGUGUGUGUUUGAGUGUGUAUGGUGAAGCGUAGUGUUUCCGGUGUUGGGUUAAACCAAGCGAAAAGGGAAUGUCUUUUUGGAGUCUGUGAUAAAAGCUUCCAUCACGCGAAUCCAUCAUCACACAGCGACGACGUACGUCAUUUGCACAGACGGUAGAUGAAAACACAUGAAUGAAAAUAGCACACAAAAGCAGGAGAAAAAAGAGCAAAAGGUACACACAUAUGCAAUCUUGGGAGACACAAAACUCACCACCAAAACCGAUCAUCAAGAAUAAAAAACCUCCUUGUGCUGGUAAAUAACAAGGCGCGUUUAAUGUUUUUGUUCCGGUAUCCCUUGAUACAAGUUUCCGUUUCAACCUCUUUUGCCCAUAUCCAAUCGAGCGGCAAAAUAUGUCGAAGGAAGUAUUAGAAGAAGGUCUUUUGCUGACACGUUCUGGGCGCGGGGGCGACCAAUCAGGCAUCGGAGACAACGAAAAACGCGGAAAACGAAAAGAAAACUAUUAUUGAGCUUUCAACAGCGAGCUGUACCGCUCAGAAAAACAAAAUACAUAACGUAAAGGGAAAAAUAGAAGGGAGGACUAUCUAGAAGGCUAAAGGACUAAACAACCAACCAACCUAUCCUUGCCCAACUUUAGAGGAACCUAUAGACAACGGAAGGGAAAAUCAAUCACACAACCAACACAUAACAAUCACAUGCGUUCGUUACACAUUAAUGUAAUAUUAUCGAUCAUUAUCAUCAUCGUGGGGAGAGUGGAAGUAGAAAAACCAACAAGAAACACCGAGAGACGAUAAACAACUAUAAUUAAUUUAAGGGAGAGAUGAACAACAAAACAGCAGAAUAUAAAAGAAAGGAAGAUAAAAACCGAUUUAACAUCAAACAUUCGGUUCUAGGGCGCCCCAGUGUGUGAAGAUGUAGAGCAACUAACAGCCUGUUGUUCUGGUAUUACAUUUCUCUUCCGGGGCGCCUGUACACACUGUAUGGCAGAAGGAAAAGCUAGACUUAACUAGACUGGGUUGAACGAGCAUUUUUUUUUCACCACAAACCUUUGCCGACACCCGUCAGAUUUCCGUCAGAUGGUGGAGUCUGGCUGUGGGCCAUUUGCAGAAAAUCAGCAAUGUCUCGGAAAAUAAGGAAAACCAAGAGGAGAGAGAAGACACAAAACACACACACAAGCAAUUACAAUGUAUGAUAACAAAUUACCAUCGCUCGUUAUCAUACGGAGUUUUGCAGAAAGGCAGACAGAGGGUUAUAUCUUGGCAGAAAGGACACACGGAUUGUUUCCCUUCCUUAACAGGGAGGCAAAAGCUAACCGUAGUCACUUUCUUGGGUCACAAAGAAGAAGAUCAAGCAAUUGUAAAUUGUACAUAAACAGAAAGUGACCAUCCCGGACCAGUAGCGAAGAUCAUCUAGAAGGCCGGAAAUUGAAGAUAGAUUGAGAGAGAGAGAGAGAGGAAGAAAGAGAGACACACACACCGAUACAAAACGAUACAAAACAAAACAUUCAAAGAUCAGACUAUCCGUGCUUUGUGCCGCUCCUUGUUAUCAUCCAACAUCCACCCACUUUUUUUCCACCCAUACGCAAAGAGGGUAGGAGGAGGGCAGGCGCGGAGAAAGCGAGAGGGAAGCAAUCGCUAGUUUUAUGGAGGAUAUUGGUCCUAGGUAAGGGGGGGAGCGGUGAGAAAGAGCGGACGUAGCAUAAGUAAUGGCAAAAUUGAAUCCUCCACUCUUGGGAGCUCGCUCCUGUUUGGGUAUGUGGUCUCUUCCGGGCGUCUAGAUGCUGUGACGAACGGAAGUGGAUCACGGAGGAUUUAAUUUUCCCUUGCAUUGGUCCCAUCCAACGCGCAAACAACAACACCACCCCGCAUCCUUUCGAGAAAAGAUCAUUCCGGCACUAGUAUCUCUCUUUGGCUGCGUUUGCCAUUUUCCCAUCUCGGUCUUGUCGUCGCACACCCCGACCACCUGGACGCUGGAAAUUAGUUAAUGGUUAGUAGUUAAACGAAUAUGCCAGCGAAAAGAAAACCGCAUCCCGUUUGGCGACGACAGCGAACUACCAUCAUAUUCGCGUACCACAGUAGAAAGGGAUGUCGAAUCCCCGAAAAGGGGUUUGUAAAAGCACGAAACGGAAACGUGUAUUUAGAUUGGUACUGUUUCGAGAAAAAAAAUCCGCGUUUUUUGUUGUGAAAGUGGAAGCUUUAAGCAGGAAACAAAACGACAACGGAGAGAAAAGAUUCUGCUACUAGUGCGUAAUCUAUCUACACACAAAAACACACGCAAAUACCUACUACCUUACCGAUACCAUUAAAUUACUUUUAACUGAUAAGUUUAAAAAGGAGCAACAAACCGUUAGACACAAGUUCUGAAAGUAAGAAGGAGAGUAGAGAGAGAGAGAGAAACAAACAAAACAUCAGCAUUAAAUCUACCCGACCCUUUCAGAGGUACGAAACAACAAAAAAAAACAACACUUCUAGAAAUAUGAAAGGGAAGGGAAUAACCAAAAGAAAAUCUACCGAAAACAAAAUGACAAACGCGAAC